AAUGGCCACGCGCAUCGUACAGACACAGGCUGGUAUGGAAAGGGAGUCUACUUCAGCGAAUAUCCCGCCUACUCCAUGGGUUACAUCCAGGGCGCAACCCAACUGCUGCUCUGCCAAGUUCUACCGGGCAAAGCCUAUCAGUGUACGAAGCUUAUUCACGGGCAUUCCCUGAUGAAAGGUUAUGAUUCCCACGUGUCUCCCUGCAAGAAAGAGCUUGUCAUCUUCAACAAGUAUCACAUUCUGCCCCAGUACAUUGUCCACUAUCAGCCGAAUGCAGGAGAAUUCAAAUACACUUCACCACCAAAACCAACAUCGGCUGCUUGUAGCACAGCAGAUGGCAAGAAAGGCAAAGGGAAGAAGAAGGAAGGAAAGCUUACAAUAGAAGAAUUAACAGACACUGAGAUGUUGAAAACCAAGCAUGACCAGGCUAUAGCCAUGCCUUCAUCAAGCACAUUGGAUGGAUACAAUAUUCAGUUCACUGGGACUUUCCAGGACACGCAGGCCGGAAUGACGGCCCUGGUCAAAUCACAUGGAGCAACAAUAGGAACAAAAGCUGUUUUCAGUCUACUGAUAGCCUCGAAGCUGGAGUUUGAUCUAUCAACAAACAAAAUCCUUCAGGCUAACAAGAAAGGGGUUUCAAUAGUGGGUGAAAUGUUUUUAUAUGACUGCAUCAUCAGCCAUAAGAAACAAAAUGAGGAUCAUUACAGAUUAGACGACUAGUCACAUACAAUAUUUAUGAUCACGUCAACAUUGAUGAUAUGAUAGCCACCAUGCCUUGCACCUGGGAAGAGCUGGGCCCGUAUUCACCAAACAAUUCUUAGACUUAAGUCUAAGACUAAAUAAUAUUCUUUAAAUGGAUAAAGUAUAGAAUGCUUGAACUUUGAGUCAAACUUGGCUUUAAACACCUACCUAUAUCAUUCUUCAUAUAACAAUUUGUUCAUGACAUAAUCACCAGUUGAGGCCUGUAUAUAUUUGAAUACUGAUAUUGGUUCCAAGUCUAUUCUUUAUUCUGAAGUCUAAGAAUGGGUUGGUAAAUAUUGUCCCUGAUUUUGCUUCCCUUUCCAUUGGCAACUUAGCCUUGCGAUUUUGAGGUCACAAUUUCCAUUCCCUCAUCGACUGGCACCUGCAGGCCUUGCAAAUGAAAGACACCAAGUACUGGUUCUAGGCCUAGGAAACGGACUCGAGAGCGUUUAUAUAAGCCUUAGGCUUUCGAUGCAAUCGAGCUUAAAUAAAUAGGUUUAAACUAAAUGGAAGGUCUUGAUUUCGAUCUUUUGUCCGUGGGCCACUUAGCAUUGCGACUGCAAGGUCACAGUUUCCAUCCACUUUGAGAUAGGCACCAAGCUUUUCAAAUGGAAGUUCUUGCUUUGGACCAACUGUCCAUUGGCCACUUAGCCGUUUUAUUGGGAGGUCACAAUUUCCAUCCCCUCAUCGACAGGCAUCAAGCCUCGCAAAUGGAAGGUCUUGAUUUCGAUCAUGUUAAGAGCAUUAUUUAAGCCCCAUAAACACUCAAAAUCAACAAAUAUAUUUUAAAAUAAAGUUAACCCAUCAAUAAUUGAUAAAGCCAAUCUCGUGUUUGCUUGUUAAUGUUUGGAUAUUGCUGCGGGAAAUUCACAUUGAAUAUAUUGUUACACACAAAAUAGAAACACGCAUUUUGUCUCUUGUCAAAUCUAUAUUACCAGACACCAUCUAGCUUUGAAAUUUUUGCAAAUAAUAUUCAUACAUUCACUAAUGUUAAGGCAUAAGGUUUUUAUUGUGUUAUGUAUAAUGUAACUUUGGCGUAUAUUUUCUGCCUGUGGUACCAGCCAACAUUUCUGGAUUGUCUGGUUUACAAAAAUCAUGUCUUAAAAACAUUGAUAGAUUAAAUGGUCAUGAAAAAAUUUGUUAGAUUUUGAUGUAAGAAAUUGUCAGU